UGUUGGAUUUUAUAAGAAAACAUUUAUUUUACUAAAAAUUCACAUUGCAUUUUCUGUUCAUCAGUUGUUCAUUUCAGUCUCUAAUCUUUCAAGAAAGUAGUAAAAAGCAUAUAGUUACGUAUGCGAAAAUGGGGAAGCCUGAACCUGCGCGCAAAUGUGUUAGUUAACGUUUACCAUGGUGUAACAUUUCACAACUUUAGUUUUGGUAAUAGCUCGACGACUACGUCGAAAACAUCAAAUUUAAGUUUACGCGCAUGCUCAUCGACUAGAAUGAGUUCUAGAAAACAAGUCAAUGUGGCCAAAAGAAAAUGGUCGAAGAAAAAUAAAAAAAUAAAACAGCUGUUUGAACAGCUUCGCGAGAGCCAUAGCCAUUCUGUUAUCGAUCUAGACGAAUCGAAUGAGACUGAAAAUAGGAAGCGGAAAUCAUCUUCAGUCUCAGAUUUGAGUGAAACAGUCAAGGCUAAGGUCAAAAAAAUUGAUCAAAACUCAAGUGUUAUUGUCAUACAAGACAAUGAUCAUUUGCCUAAUGCAACUCCACAGAAAAAGCGAAGUCCACUUCAUUGCUCUACUCCUCUUGGCGGGAGACAGAGCACAAAUUUUAUAGACUUAAAUGUGUCUGCAAUAAAAAAUGCGACAAAUAACAAUGAUUUAUUAGAUAACUUUAACCGUGAAGUAUCAAAUUUAACAUCAGAUAUAAAAAGUGGGAUCCCUGUGAACAAACAAUACAUAACAGUAGACCUCACAGGAGAGGUGCAAGGAACCAGUAAAGAUAUAAUCAAUGUCACUGAUAGUGACUGCAUAUUAGUAUCGUCAAAUACCUCCGUGAGCUCAAGUAGGGACUCACAGAUAACAGUAAUAGAGAGACCCAAAAGUACAAUAUCUGAGGAGCGAAAAAUUCGUAGGGUCGCUAAAGGUCUGAACGGCUUGAUAGCCAACCUGGACACUUCGUCCCAGGGCAAACUCCUAAAGAUGAUAACACAGAACAUUUUCAGCGGCUGUAAUGUAGCUAUGGGUUUGAAAAAUAACCUUGAUAAUGAUAGGGUACCCCGCAUAGCAGAGACGCCCGAAGAUGUAUACAUCAAAGAGAUGUUCAAGGGUAACCGGCCCUCAAACAGCAGUGUUGGCAGCAACAUUUACAACCCGGAUAAACAUGUAAAGAGGACCGGGCCUAGGACCAUAGUCAUAGAUGGAAGUAAUGUUGCAAUGGAGCACGGCAGGGGCAGAGAAUUCUCAGUAAAGGGCCUGAAAAUCUGUAUAGAUUACUUUGUGAACCGGGGCCACGAGGUCAGGGCGUUUGUGCCGAGAUUUAGGUGUAAAUUUGGCAAGAGUACCGAUCCUCGACUACUAGACGCGAUGGAGCGGAGCGGUCUCGUAGUGUACACGCCGUCGCGCGAGGUGCAGGGCAAGAUGAUCGCUUCCUACGACGACAGGUACAUAGUGCAGUACGCGGCGGCCGUGGACGGCGUGAUCGUGUCGGGCGACAACUACCGCGACGUGGCGCUGGAGCACCCGCGCUGGCGCGCCACCAUCGAGCGCCGCCUCCUGCCCUUCACGUGGGUGCAGGACAUGAUCAUGUUCCCGAGGGACCCGCUAGGGAGGAACGGACCCACGCUCGAACAGUUCCUCAGGCAUGACAGCUAGCUGGCUAAUACUCGCAGGUAGCUUCGUUUUCAUGUAAGGUCUUCACGUUGAAUGCGGGGCCGUCCGCCGCUCAAUAUCAGUGGAACAUAACUAUAUAAGUGAUUGUAAAGUUAUUAUUAAAUAGAUAGUGACGGCUAAAUAUUAUACGAGCGAGACAUCGCUAGGUAAUAUACCUACGCACAGCAUCAAAUAGAUUAAUAGACAGUAGCGGCCAAAUACAUCGUAACACACUUUUGUUAACAUAUCGAUGUUCGACUACUUUAGCUGUCACUAUCUAUUUCAUGCUGACUGUGCACCGAGCUGGAAAAUUGCAUGGACACUUAUAAAUGAAUUCAUUGACAUUGUGUCCAUACAAUUUUGCAACUCACUUUAAAUAAAGUUCUGUCUCACUCGCAACCCGAAGCGGCGUCCGAAUUGGCAUCAAUAUGAUAACUACAUAUCAUAUUCCCGUCCACCUCGUCAACGACGCGGGGACAGAUAGAAACGAAGCUACGUUCAAAACCAAAAACCUCAUAUAGUGUAAGUCAUAUAAACGAUGUUUUUAUAUCCUAAAUAUUAAAAUGAAAGUGGGAUUGUCCCAAUCUGUUCUAAUUGAUAAAAAAGAGACAAUACAUAAAAUAUUAAAAGAUCUUGUGAACAAAUUAUCGUGUCUUGCUCAAUAUUUUAAAUAGCUGAUUACACUUGUAUGUAACUCUAACAUAAUGUUAGGGGGCCCUCAAAUCUUAAAACUAUAUAUUUUUAUAAUUGGAACCCCAGGAUAAAAAGGUGUUAUUUUAAAACGUAUCGUAUAAAUCUAUAGAUUCUUAAUUCUUUUUUUCAUAAGUUUCUUAAUUAUGCAAUGUUGAAUGUCCAAUGAUAUUUUAUAUCAAUUUUAAAAUUUCGGAGUUGUAACUCCUCGAGGCCCAAAAUUUACGCCUUAUGCUCGGUUUUCCUAAGAUAGCGGUGCCGUCAUAUAGCGGCCGUCUCCAUACAAAAUAAUACGGCUAAAUAAGGAUGUGGUUAUUUUGUAUGUAGACGGCCGCUAUAUGACGCCACCGCUUUCCUAGGAAGCCAUCAUCAGAGCUUAAGUCCCACGAACGCGAUUUCAAAUGUAUGAAAAGUCAAAAGACUUGAAGGUUGUUGCCAAUGCCUAGGACUCGAGGGGUUAAACUAACAGAAAAAAAAAUCUCUAUUUAAACGGUCGUAGUGAUAUACGACCUAUGAACAAAACGAGAUAUGUCCCAAGGCUGCAACGCUCCUUUUUGUGUUUUAGCACUGAUCAAUGUUGAUAUAUUGUAAACCUUAUGGUAUUGACAUAAGAUUUAGUUUUCACUGUCACUGGCCAGUGCUAA